ACAAUUUUCAGUUGUCACAAUGACAUUUGCAUAACCUACAAAUUCGCAGAAAAAGUAUUAUUUACUGAAAGAAAAUGUCUAAAAUAACAAGUUUAAUCAACUUUAUAUCGAAGAGGAGCAUUUCGGUGUCAGCUCCGAGAGAAGGCAAAAGGAAUUUCAGAAAAUUUGUGAUCGCCAAUAAGAGAGGUUCGCGUAUCCAUCGUAAACAGCAGAUGACUGAAAACAGGGAGUUGGAGGUUGAUAGGCGAGGAGUUCGUGAUGUAGGAUACGAGUUAAACGGCCGCUUUGUCACCGUACCUGAGAUGAUACCAGAAAUAAUCGUUCCAGAUUUGAAAGACUGCGAUUUAAAGCCUUACGUUUCGUACAAGGCCGCUGAUGUUAUUCAGAGCGAGUUUACGCCUCAGCAACUGUUUGACGCUGUGUAUAUGAAGAAGAUCGUAACUGAUUAUAAAGCUGGGAAGUUGGAUGAAGAUGGUUUCCCUCUUGAGCCAUCAGAGGAAGAAAAGUUACAGCCUGAUGAAGCAGUACGGAGGGCUAAGAGAACUGGCUCAGAUAUAUUUUAGUGUGCUUGGAAGUUUUGUAGUGUAGCUUUAUUAUAGAUAAGAUUAUUGAAUAAAUAUUAUUAAAUUGUU